AUGGCCAGGCCACAACCUUCACAUUGGCUGGCCAAUCUUUCAACACCACAGCAAUGGCGCCAUUUACUACGCGCUACGCUGCGCGAAUGUACCUACCUACCUGAUCCCGUCGCCCGGAACUACAUGCGAGAACAUAUCCUCUCCAGAUACCGUGCAGUAUCUUCCCGUCGCUCCAACAAGGCUGGUCCUCAGAUGGUACAUGCGGCACGAAAUGCUCUUUCAGUUCUACGGCGUGCAAAUGAAGGCUACUCGCGACCCCUCGAGAAAGUACUCUUGCUAUCAUACGGUCGCACAGGAAAACGGCGACAUGAAAUGCUGGCAGAAUUUCUAAAGCCCGAAACUGAAAUCCCAAAUGACACCCAAUCAGCCAAAGAGCUCAUCUGCCAACCUACCAAGUUCGGUGAAGGUUGGCAACCUCCAUCUAUCGUGAGGAGCCUGGCACUCUCCCAUACGAGGAACCCAGUGAUUGCAUCAGUCCGAGUUAGGCCUGUGAUCAAGGCUAUAUCUCCGCCAAUUCCCAAAGAAAAUAUUUGGGGCAAGGAACUGGCCCAGUCUCGAAAAAUGAACAUUCGAAGAAAGUGGUAUUUCGCCACGUUGAGCAGCCUGCUGCCGCCGUUACCGGAGAAUGAUCUCCGCACGCUUGAUGGGUUGGUCUCGGGAACAAUACCCUGGGAACCUGUCAAGCGGAGAAAGGGAGUGAAACCCGAGACCGACGCCAGACCUGAAAGCGAAAUCUUGAAGUUGCUGGUCAAGGGUCCUGAGAAGGAAAAUACCUUUGCCGACUUUGCCAAUGGUCGGCCACAUGUCAUCACAGCCAGAUUUAUGCGUCGGCAAUGGAGACGUAUUUCUGCGCUUGUGCCUCGGCCGUAUUGGAAUGAAACGUCCCAAAAGUGGCGUUUUGAGUGGGAUACGCCAAAGAUGGUCCCCACGCUGUCCUAUAGUCUGGAUAGUAGUAUCGACUCAGAGGCUUUCUUCAAAGAGCCACCGCAGCCACCUCGGGGGACGGCGAAGAGACCUCCGCGGGAUGAGCAACAGCAGCCGCAAUAA